UGUGUUAUUUUCUAUCAUUGGCUGCACAGAGUGCCAGUCAACAUCCCAUGUCAAGGUUGCAUACUUAAGACAAGCUGUCUAUUUCUGGGCAGAACUAUAGAAUAGUUGAAACGCAUUGUGUUGGAAUAGUAUCUGGAGCUGAUAUUAAGGAUGGCGUCAGAAAAAUAUUCAAAGGUAGAAAACGAAUUUGAAGACCUACUGAAAGAAUUCGAUGAUGUGAUGGAGGACUUUGAAACGCACACUCCAAAGAGAAAUUACGAUCAGCAUUUGAAACAAGCGAAAAAAGACAGUGCCACCAGCAUGGGCGACAGCGCAUUUAACGAGUCAGUCGACAGUGGCAAUUCCUCCCCUGGUAGCAGUCUAAACAACAGUGAAGAAAAUCUGACUAUAGCCGAAGUGAUGACACCUUCAAAAGCAAAACUUGGAGACACAAGUAACCUGGAAAGCUACAUUGAAAACCUAGACAGAGUAUUAGCUGAGAUGUGGAAUGACUAAACAGACACAAAUAGAGGAAGGACCCUUGCUGCCUGUAUUCAGAAAUGAUCCAAAACUGACUAAGUAAUAUGCAUUAUAGAGAACUAAAUUUCUGUUCGAAAGAUACCAAAUCCUUUUUCAAACUGAGCUGUUUAUAAAGUCAGUUCGACAGUUUGCACUAUUGAAGGUGGGGGGGAGGGGUUGAUGAGAGAGCUGUAGUUUGAGCGACCAAGAACUCUCAAAGGAACCAUAACUACAUUACUCCUUAUGUGUAUGACAAACAACAAUUAUAAUUAUGAAUCCUGAUAAUCACUUCAGUACAUUUUUAUAAAAUAAUGGCAUUUGUAAAUAGUCCCUGAAUUGAAAAUGCAGUGAAACCUGAAUUAACCAGGCAACAGUAGGGCCAAACAGCUAGUGUUUGGAACUUAAGACAAGUGGCUGCUUAUUCAAGGUUCUUCAGCUAUUCACUUGUACUGGGUUACUGGGAGGUCAGAGUUCAGUGAUUGAGUCGUUGUAUCUGCUGGAAAAAUGUCCCCCACUUCUGAUUUAAAAGUGUUGUACUUGUAUAUAAACAUUGUACAUUUGACUGUGAAUAUUACAAAAAUAAACUAUUAUGGAUUUUUAUUGUA